AGAGUUACCAGGGCAACAGGAGCAUGAGUGGCAGCUCUGGGGCAAAGCCUGGAUGAGGAGACCCAGCCAGCGAUCAUUUGAUCACUAACCUUGUUCCACCUUCUCUCCCAGUUUCUCAUUAAUUCUACCUUCCUUUCUUCAUUCGUUUAACAUUGAAAAGCCUAUGAGUUAGUCACCAUUUGGGGUACUGGAGACCCAGAAGUGAACAAAGACAAACAAGGUCCUCGCAAUAAUGUUCCCUCAGUCUCCCAACCCCUAUUUCUGACUCUCCUUGCCUUGUUUGGCCUGUGGCCUGCCUUCCCCUGUACCCAAGGAGCCCCCGGGUCAGUUGAGCCUCCUUACAGAGCUUCGGAGAUGUCUGCUGAUGUACCAGUACUCAGACACAGAAAAACAAGCACACAGUCCAUCCAUCUUUCCACUUCUCAAUUGCCACUGGGUGACAUCAGCAGAAACACACACGGCAGCCAUCACAGUCCUCAUUUUCCAGGUCCAGGCUCUGGAAAGACAGCGCUGCUCUUCGCAGCGGCGCUGGAGGCGGCAGGGGAGGACCGCGGCGCCGUCCUCUUCCUGACCCGGGCGCCGCUGCAAAGCCUGCCCCGCGGAACCGGAGCCCGGCUGGACCAUCUGCGGCUGCAGAAGAUCCGUUUUCAAUACCCACGCUCAACCCGUGAGCUUCAUCGUCUCCUGUGCUCAGCCCAUGAAACCCCGGGGCCAGCACCCUCACUUCUGCUACUGGAUGGCCUGGAGAAGUACCUGAUGGAAGACCUGGGGACUCAAGGAACUGCCCACCUGGCUGCCCUGCUUCUAGACACAGCUGCCCACUUCAGCCACCGGGCUGGGCCUGGCCGGGGCUGUGGGCUCAUUGUGACCCUGCAGACCCAGGAGGAAGGAUACAGUGGGGAUGUCCUGCAGCUGUUGUUGCUCCAGAGAUAUUUCCCUGCCCAGUGCUGGCUUCAUCUGGAGGGACCAGGCCCAGGACCCCAACGCCUUCAAAUCUGCCUGGAACCUGGGGGACUGGGCUCUAGAGCAGAGUGGUGGAUGUCUUUCCAACAAGAUGGAGAGAUGACAAUCACUUCGUGUGCCACCCAGACUUGUAAUCCCAGCUCAGAGAAGAGCUCAAGCUCUGGAGGCCAGUCUUGAGCUUUUGACCACCUCUCUAUUCCUCAAGGCUGGAAUAUUAAUCUCAGGGACAUGUGCCCACUCAAAGACCUAAAGAAUGUAAAGUGAUUUUUAAAUGCAGUAAUGUUAUAUUGUGUACAUAUUAUGCCUAAGCAAUAUAUUGUUUAGUUUUGCUCUUUGUAACUGUAUUAAAUGAGCUUCAUGAAAAAUUUAAUCUGAGAGUCCUUCUCCCACUCAACACUGUUUCUGAGAUUAGCCAUAUUUUUAAUUUAAA